AUGACUUUGCCAAGCAAGAAGGAUGACUCGGCCGUCGUUGCCGUUGUCCCAGUCCCGGAGGACGGCACAUCUGGCAAUGGAGCAACAUGCCCAUACCCUUCAGUCACCAUCAGCAACACAAGCACCCCAUAUUCUUCAACCACAAAGCUUCCCUUGGCGGCUCCAAAAUGCCCAGACGGAGGUUUUGUGGCCUGGGCGCAGGUCCUCACCGGCUUCCUCAUGAACGCCGUUGGAUGGGGCUAUCCCGCAACCUUUGGCAUGUACCAGCUGCACUACGUCAGCAACCUCGGUCUGCCGGGCAGCCAGAUCGCCUGGGUCGGGAGCGUGCAGACGUUCCUUGCCUAUGCGCUCUGCGUCGUCGCAGGCAGGCUCGCAGAUUCUGGGUACAUCCGGUCGACCGUCUCGGUCGGCUCCGUGCUCGUGGUGGUCGGCACCUUGGCUACAAGCUGGGCGGUUGAGUACUGGCAGAUCCUGCUGGCUCAGGGUCUUUGCACUGGCUUGGGACUCGGUCUGAUCACAACGCCGACGUUGACGGUUGUCAACUCUUAUUUUGACACCAAGCGGUCUGUGGCCGUGGCUUCGGCAACAGUUGGCACCGGUGUGGGAAGCAUCGUCUUUCCCGCCGUCGUUCAGCUCCUGAUUCCUCAAGUAGGCUUUGCCUGGGCUGUUCGAUGCUCUGCACUGGUGGCUCUUAUCUUCUGCUCCGUCGGCGUCUGCCUCCUCAGACCUCGCGAUCAACCCCAAUCGGAGCAGGACGCCGACUCAGCUGCAGAUGAGAAGUCAUCUUUGACUCUCAUCGACAUGAGUGCACUGCGUGAACGAGAGUUUCUGUGCCUUGCCGCCAGCUCUUUCCUGUUCUUUAUUGCCCUGUAUUUUGGUUUCUUUUAUUUGACCGUAAUUGCCCAACAAGUAGCACACAUGUCCUCGACCACAUGCGUGACCCUUCUCAUGAUCAACUCGGCAGUGGGAAUCCCCAUCCGCCCGCUGUCCGGAAUGCUCGCAGACCGCUUCCCCCGCGUCCUGGGGCCCGUAAACAUGUUUGCCAUCACCGCGCUCCUCGUCGGCGCAUCGCUCCUGGCUUGGAUCGCCGCCAGCACUUCGGGGGACAUGUACAUAUUCGCCAUCGGCUUCGGUAUCGUCAACGGCGCCUCCCAGAGCAUAUGGCCCGGCGCGCUCAUCAGCAUCACCCCGGACCCCAAGAGGCUCGGCGUCCGCUACGGCAUGCUCUGCGUCUUUGUCGCCCUCGCCACCCUCGUCGGCCCGCCCAUCGCCGCCGCCAUCGUCGAUGCUGCCGCCCGUGGGGGUGGUAAUGGCUUCAUGCCUGCGCAGGCAUGGGCCGGUGCUCUUGCUCUUGUCUCUGGCGUCAUUGCGUUUGGGGCCAGGCCUAGCCCUCUUUCCAAGUCUGAAGUUGACGAGAAGGUUUAA